AGGACCUUCACCUCUGAACGAAACUUUACCGGCAGCCGACGAAUGCCGAACGCGGAGCCGAACGAUCGUCAGUGAGCGGAGCGAAGGCGGUUAGAAAUCCCAGCGUCGACGUGCGUUAACGUUGCAAGUCGCAACUUUUCCAAGAUGAGUAAACCGUUGAUCAACGCGCUGGAACUGAUAGAGGAAGUGAAAAAGAGGCCGUGUCUUUACGAUUUCAAGGUGGCCCACGGCAAUCAGGAGGUGAAAAUGAACGCCUGGGGCGAGAUCGGAGUCGCCCUCUUCAAAGAUCGCUGGAUGAAUUUCAAUUUGCACGAGAAAGAAGCCGUCGUGCGGGAAAUGCAGGUAAAAUGGAAAUCUCUUCGUGACAAUUUUUCCAGAAGUUUACGUAACAAGGAAGCAUCGGAUUCAGGCCCACCCGGAGCUAAAUCGAAAAAAUACAUUUAUUUCGAUCAUCUUUCCUUCCUGGCGCCUUACUAUCAAAGAAGGAACACAUCGAGCUUCGUAUUCGUCGAAGAAAACAGAGAUAGCAACGAUUCGACAACGGAAGACGUCAAACCAAUAACCGUUGACCCGAUUCAGUUGACCAACCAAUCGGUUCAGUUCAUUCACAUACCGUCGACGUCAUCGGAUCAGUUCAAUUCUUCUUCGAACAAUGCCGAUAUGCCAACCGGGAAGAGAAUCGCAAAGGUGAUGGAAGAAUUGGCUGCGAUGCAAAAAGAAGAGAGAGCCGACGAUCCCAUGGGGAACCGUAAAUUUCUCCUAUCUCUGCUUCCGUUUAUGAAGAAGCUUCCUGACGACGUCAACCUGGAAGUUCGACUGCAACUGAUGAGCGUGUUGCAAACCUACGCCAGCGGCAAAGGAUUUUUGUGAUACGGACGUACUUGUAGCGCGAACGUCAGGAAAUGACUUCUUGCGACGUUUAGUUUUAUGUAUUUCUAGUGUGUAAGUGUUGGCUUAAUAAAUUACUUGGUACUUUCGAAAAAUCCUACGCAUCGCUAGCAAGCUGUUGGUGCAGAAAUGAUCAGCGUCGAAAAAAAUUUUUUUGUCUGUCCGUUCUCCGUUCGCGUCUUUUGGUUUUUCCUGAAUAACUUUCGAACCGUUGGAGCUACAAAAUCGAAAUUUGCCCCACAAGCUUGCAGGAAAUGGCCUCGAUCCGACGCCGGUAUUCAUCUUUUUUUCGCGAUUUUCGACUGUUUUUUGAACAUUGCUUUGAAACACGAUAAGUGUCUGAAAGACACAUAUAUGCACUUUUGCCCU